GAUCUUCUUAUAACAUGUAUUAAUUUCUUCAUGUUGUAAUUUAUAUCUUUGGACCUUCAGCCGGGGAAAAAGGCUGAUGUGUGUACAAUAUAUACUCUGCCAUCUCCAGGAGCAUGCCAGGUCAUUGUGGCAACAGUCCACGGCACAUAUGACAAUCUGGUCAGGCCUGAGCGUAUCCCAGCAUGCACCAGCUCUUCCAGUUAGUCCUGGGUCAGAGGGACCUGUCUCGAGCAGGAGACCUUUUCUCUCUGGACGAUGGUGAGAUCGAGGACUGUCUAUCCCAGGCACUGGAGGAGAUCAAGAACAUCUCCUGCCAUCCUGAUUACAUGACGAAUGACAAUGACCAGGCGGUGGUGGAGAUCUGCAUCACUCGCAUUACAACAGCGAUCCGGGAGACGAGCUCGAUGGAGCGGCAUGGCUCCGCGCUCGUGGCUCUGUGGGAGUCGUGUCUGGAGCACAACCUGCAGCCGCAAGGCAAAGACGAGGACACGCCGCACGCCAAGAUCGCCUCGGACAUCACCAGCUGCAUCCUGCAGAACUAUAACCGAGCGCCGAUGAUGGCGUUGGCCGUCCCGGUGGCUGUACGCUUCCUGCAGCAGGGGAAUCGCGAGCUGAGCCGCAACAUGUCCAGCUACCUGAGCCUGGCUGCCAUCGCCAAGGCCGAGCUCCUCGUCCAGCACACCCAGGCCAUCAUCAGCAGCGUGCUGGGAGGUAACACCAUGUUGCUGCGGGUUCUUCCCUCCGUGUAUCCUCUAGAACCAGAUCCAGUCCACCAGCACAUCCAGGACCUGGUACUUAUGGUACCUGAGCUGGACCAGACGAGCAGACAACAUUUACUCCGACUGCUCCAGAUGAUCUCUGAUCGACACCCACAGGCGUUGACCUCUCUCGUACCGUCUCUCAUCGGUCACCUGAGUGAUGCCUCUUUGAACGACGCCCUCCUCACCGUGUUGGUGGAUAUAGCCCAGGUUAGCCCCACGUCACUCAGCCCGUUUCUCCCUGCGCUGAGGAUUGUGGGUCAGCAGACACCGGUGCUGUUGGGGCAUGUAGCUAAGAUCCACGGGGCAGUCGGUCUGACCAGUGAGGACCAGGCCCGGGAGGUUCUACAGUACCUGGUGUCUCUGUUGGCGUGUAUGGAUCACAGUGUCCAUCACACAGUGCUGCUGGAGAUCCACAGCCUGACUGAGCGCUACACCUCCAUCAUAGGCGGAGGUGCCAAAGACAUCUACCGCAUGAGCAACAGCUUCAGCGCUAUCGCCCGAAUGCUGGGACGCAGGCUACAGGCUGAUACUUUAACACCACGCAGAGAAACCAAGGAGGUUGCAGAUCCAAAGCAGUGCGAAUCUGAUUCCAGAAAGAACGAUGAAGGCCAGAGUCUGCAAGUGAAGAUCCAGGCUUUUGAAGAGAAACUAGAGGAGGAGGCAGCUCAGGAGGAAGCCGAGAGGGACUCACCAGGACCACAAAGGUGUUACAGCCUGGGCCAGGUGGCACGAGAUGAGCGCCGAGACAUCAGGUUCAAUCGGUCAAAGAGUCUGGCUCUGCAUGCCGUACAGUCAGGUUCCACUAAUCCUGACUGCAGCCAGGCUGGAGAAGGGAAACCAAACACUGAGGACUACCUGAUUGAGGCUGACCUCUGCCCUGAGACUGAUCCAGAAGCUCCCUCUGUUCAGGAAGAGCACAGUGAGCACCAGGACUCGGUUUCUCAUGGGGAGGGAGGACAGACAGACAGCAUGGACCCUCGGGAAAGAGACCGGCUAUGGAAACACCUACGAGACAACUUAGAGAAGAUCCGAGCCUUCUGCUCUGAUAUGGUCACACGGAUCCCAAUACCUGAGCAUUGCAUCAUCGAAGAUACCCAGCAAGGCUGUGUUGCUAAACUGUCAUUCUCGUGUCCAAUGAAAGGCCAUUACUGUCUGUACGGGAAAUCCAGCUUCUCGCUGUGCAGCAGUCAGCCCCACCUCUGGAUACGCAUCAUGCUGCUCGUUUUGCAGAGCAAGACUGAUGAAGCUCUGAGCUCUGACGAUACGUGUGUGCAGCAGCUCAGGAGACUUUGGGAGAAAGCGCAGCUUAAAGGAGCUCACAGCUUCGAACUGGCCAUGACUCACACUGCUGUACCACAGAAAAAGGUGAGACAGGACCUGGACAGUCUGCAGACCCACCUGGAGGAGGUGCGCUUCUUUGACCUCUUUGGCUACAGUGAGGAGGAGGGAGGUUGGCUUUGCUUCAUGUGCAACAACCCGGAGAAAGCCACCGUGGUGAAUCAAGAUGGCCAGCCGCUCAUCGAGGGCACAUUAAAGGAGAAACAGGUGCGCUGGAAGUUUAUCAAACGCUGGAAAACACGUUACUUCACUCUGGCUGGUAACCAGCUCCUCUUCAGGAAAGGGAAAUCUAAGGAUGAGCUGGACGACAACACUAUCGAGCUAAGCAAAGUCCAGAGUGUGAAGAUUGUGGCAAAGAAGCGGCGGGACCGUGGCUUACCUCGAGCUUUCGAGAUCUUCACGGACAAUAAGACAUACGUGCUGAAGGCGGAGGAUGACAAGCACGCAGAGGAAUGGCUGCAGUGCAUCAACGUGGCUGUAGCGCAGGCCAAAGAGCGUGAGAACCGAGAAGCUACAACGUACCUGUAGAGCAGCACAGGAACUCUUAAGAACUUCCAGUCCAAAAGGAACUAUGUUCAGACAGCCUUUUAAUUGAUUUUUUUUUUUUUUUUGAUGACGUAAUCUCUUCACUGUAAAAUCCUGGAGCUGUAAUUGGAAUUGAUGAGCAACAUGAUGUGGUUCUCUAGUAUUCAAGUGAAAGAAACUUCCUGUACCGAGCUCUAUACACUGAUGACCUCUGAUCGUUCAGUCCGUGGAGUGAAGACGACGAGAUUAUAACUGAGUGUAUACAUCAAACGACGUAAAAAGAUGCCUUUUGACCAAGAAAGAUGCUGUGGUUUCAAUUCAUGCUCCACGGUCAGAAACAGAACUCCUAACCACCGUGUCUUUUGUUCUGCAAUGAGUCGAAAUGUUGUAUAAAUAUUAUAUGGUUGUCUGGCUCACUGAACAGAGCUGAAGUCUGAUUUCCAGGUCCAUUGUUUGUGCAUUUGGACCUAGCAGUCAUACAAACAGCAGCAGUCACGUAUUUGAAAGAAUACCAUGACCAGGAUCCUGUUAAAAUUCCAGUGUGCUAAUCUCAUUAGCAUCGGAGGACGUACACUGUGUAACAGAACUCUCACUCCGAGAUGUACAGUACAUGUAAAUCCACCCAAAUCUGUUCGGCAAGAACACACUGUGCUGUGCUUUUUGUCUGAAUCUAUUUGUCUCGAUAUUAAUCAUACUCUCAGAUCAAAAUACUGGAUGUUCCCAGACACGUCAGAACAUAGACAGUUACUCUGGGGGGGAAAAAUAUGAGUUGAUUGUUUCCUUUUUCCACAAAAGUGGUGCCGAUUGUUCAAUGCUAGGAGCCACUUCCUGCUAAUGCUAAUACACCAGACUGAGCUUCUCACAGACGGUCAGUCAUUUGCGGGAAAUAAUAAAACUUGAACUGAAUUUUAAAAAAUGAAUCAAAUCAAAAAGUUAAUCUGCAAAGACAAGUAUCGAGCCACUAAGGUAACUUAAGGGGUUCA